AUGUCCAAGGAGAAAGACGAGACGUGGCAGCUGCAGAAGAAGAAGAACGGCAUCGUGGGAAAUACUACAGAUCAGGAGGCCGAGGUGAGACUUGUCCAGCUGUGUGUGCAUGAAGAGUCCAUGGAUGAACCAGAGAUCAGAGAGACGGAUCCUCCUCCUGAGGAGAGAGUAGUACUGACGAAGGGAGUGGCAGGCAUUGGGAAAACAGUCUCUGUGCAGAAGUUCAUUCUGGACUGGAUUGAAGGAUUUGCCAAUCAGGACAUUCAUCUCGUUUUUCCUAUUCCUUUCCGAGUGUUGAACCUGAUGGAGAAUAUGAAACUCAGUCUGCUGGCGCUUAUUCAACGCCUUUUCACACAAAUUAAAGAUCCUAAAGUACUCGCCAGUUCUGAGUACAGAACAAUGUUCAUCUUUGAUGGUCUGGAUGAGUGCAGACUUCCACUCGAUUUCCACUCCAACCCGAGGUGUUGUGAAGUGACAGAGCCAGCCUCAGUAGAUGUACUUUUGACCAACCUCAUCAAUGGGAAUCUACUUCCCUCUGCUCUCGUCUGGAUCACCACCCGACCAGCAGCAGCUGGUCAGAUCCCUCCUGAGUGUGUGGACCAGGUGACAGAAAUACGGGGGUUCAACGACCCACAAAAAGAUGACUAUUUCAAGAAGAGAAUCAGUGAUGAGCACCUGGCCAUGCGAGUCAUCAGACACCUGAAGUCAUCCAGAAGCCUUUACAUCAUGUGCCACAUUCCAGUUUUCUCCUGGAUUUUGGCCUCUGUUGCAGAGAGGAUAUCAGAGCAAGGAGAAAUACCAAGGACACUGACUCAAAUGUACAGUCACUUCCUGAACAUUCAGACAUGCAUCAAGAAGGAGAAGUACACAGACAGGAACGAGACAGAUGAAGAGAUGGUUUUCAAAAUGGGAAGACUGGCUUUCCAACAGCUGGAGAAGGGCAAUUUGAUAUUCUACGAGGAAGACCUGAGAGAGAGUAGCAUUGAUGUGACAGAGGCAUCAGUGUUCUCAGGAGUGUGUACACAGAUCUUCAGAGCGGAAGCCGGGCUGUGCCAUGGGAGAAUGUUCAGCUUUGUGCAUCUGACCAUCCAGGAAUUCCUUGCAGCAUUAUAUGUGUUCCUCUGCUUCUGCAACAGUGCCAGAGACAUACCACACCAAAGUGAACCCUCUCAUCUAUCUGCUCUGUUCAGAGCUGCAACACUUGAAGACCUACACAAGACUGCAGUGGAUCUGGCCUUACAGAGUGAGAACGGACACCUGGACCUUUUCCUCCGCUUCCUUCUGGGCCUCUCAGUGGAGUCCAAUCAGAAGCUCUUAAGACACUUACUGCCACCGACCAAUAGCCAACCACAGAGCUUAGAGCAAACAGUGCAGUAUGUCAAGAAUAAGAUCAGACAUGAGUCAGAGUCAGAUAGAAAGAUCAACCUGUUCUACUGUCUGAAUGAGCUUAAUAAGCAUGCUGUAGUGGAGCACAUUGACAGGAAGGAAGGAAAGAUGUCUGUAGAGAUGCUCUUACCAGGCAGGUGGAAGACAAGAAGGUUUAGGUUUGACUUAUCAGAAGAGCAGCUGGAUGGGUUUGACCUGCAGAAAUACAUAAAGACGCCAGAAGAGGAUCUGACUGACCUCCUCAGCCCAGAUGACGUCCUCAAGAAGCUGGUGCCAGCAGUGUCAUCAGCACUGCUAGAGGACUGUUGUCUCACAGAGAAGAGUUGUGCUGCAAUAGCAGCUGCUGCCAGUUCAAACUCCUGCAGUUUGAAGAGACUACAGCUUGAUUGGAAUAAGCUUCAGGAUACAGGCGUUCAGCAUCUCUCAGAACUUCUCCAGAAUCCUCAAUGCAAACUAGAGACACUAGAAGUGGGCGAUCGUUCCGAUGGUUCAUAUCGUAUCUUGAGAAGGGAGAUUCCAGCAGCAGCAGCCUCCAUUCCAGACACCAGCCACUGGGUCCUGGUGGAGCCUGAGGUCUCCACAGAAAACAGCAUCUCAACCUACACCCUGAGCUCUCCUGCUGGAAGCUAUGAGUGCUUAAAGUCCCGUCUGCGCUGGUCGUGUGAUGGUCCAGUCACCCUGCAGUAUCGCUUCAUGGACUGGCAAAUCUUUGCUGCAGAGCUAGUCAACAUGCAGUGUAGUCCAGCUGGUCCUCUGAUGGACAUCAAGCUGUUGUCAGGAAAUCUGGAGGACAUCCAUCUGCCUCAUUUCUUGUGUUUGGGAGGUAGUCAAUCUGCUCUGAAAGAUGCUGUCAAGGUACUGCAUAAGCAGGACAGUGGAGUGUUUCUGGAGAAGUUUGAGCUGAGUUGCUUUCAUGCCAGGCUGGUGAACCCCUCCUUCUCUCCAUUUGGUAAUGUUUUUUCCGACAUCACCUCCUGGCUUUUUGCACAUCCCAAGGUACAUACUUACGUUAUGGUGUACCAGAGCAUAACGUCCCCACAGGAUUUCCGCUGCUACCUGUUGCCUGAGGAUCCCUCUCUGAAUGAGAAGGUAGAGGAACAAGAGAAGAAGUUUAGGGGUGUUCCAAAGAUUUGUCCACACCCCCCCGACUGUCUUCAGAUGAAUGACUUUUACAGCCUGUCUGCUGACUGUGUCCCUAUGAUCAACCCGAUUAAACUGAAGCUGAGGAAUAGUAGUGGCAACCCCAACUUCUUCCAGGUGGAGCUUCCUGAUCCAGCCCCGUCCUCUUUCCACCUGCAGCUAUUCCACUCAGCAGCCAGCAGGGGGGACCCUGUUUGGAGAGCAAAGUUCAAGACUGCCUUGGAACAGAGUACAGAGGCCAGGAACAGAGACCGGACAGAAGGUGAGCCAUCACAGCCCAGCAGGGUCCCUGGCCAGGUGGGCAGCCAGAUGGCAGCUGCCUUUGUGGAUAGCAACAUGGCGCAGAUCAUAGAGAGAGUGGCGGAGGUGAAGUCAAUAGCAGACCAUCUCCUCUCCCAGGACAUCAUUGGCCAGGAGACCUACGCCAACAUCCAGGCGGAGACCACAAGUCAGGACAAAAUGAGGAAGUUGUAUGAUGGCCUGCGCGCUCCUGGGGAUGAGGGCAAACUGGCCUUCUACAGGAUGCUGCUGGCAAAGGAGCGCCUCCUAGUGGAGGAGCUGUGGACUGCAGAAUAA